AUGACUGUAGCGAAUACCGAGACUUAUCCUGCUGGUAAACCAUCGAGUACUAUAGGCCCAUGGAAGCUUGGCGAAACGCUGGGCUUUGGUAGCACCGGUAAGGUCCAACUUGCGCAACACGAGCGCACAGGCCAAAGAACCGCUGUCAAAGUAAUUUCCAAGUCCAUCUUCAAGAAUAAGGGGCACCACGGUAACGAUGAUUCAGUGUUACCUUACAACAUCGAGCGUGAAAUCGUUAUUAUGAAGCUGUUAAGUCACCCAAACGUUCUGAGUCUUUAUGACGUUUGGGAAACCAACAACAACCUGUACCUUAUCCUGGAAUACGCGGAAAAGGGAGAACUGUUUAACUUGCUUGUGGACCACGGCCCCUUGCCCGAGCGUGAAGCCAUCAAAUGCUUUAAACAGAUUAUUAUAGGCGUUUCAUACUGCCAUGCACUAGGAAUAGUACAUCGAGAUUUGAAGCCGGAAAACCUUUUGCUCGACAGUUUCUAUAAUAUUAAAAUUGCGGAUUUUGGCAUGGCAGCUUUGCAGACAGACGCAGAUCUGCUGGAAACUUCUUGUGGGUCUCCUCAUUAUGCCGCUCCUGAAAUCGUAUCGGGGCUGCCCUAUGAAGGAUUUGCCAGCGAUGUCUGGUCCUGCGGUGUAAUUCUCUUUGCACUGUUAACAGGCAGACUACCCUUUGAUGAAGAAAACGGUAACGUUAGAGAUUUGUUGUUGAAAGUACAAAAGGGCCAAUUUGAAAUGCCUGAUGACGCCGAAAUUUCCAGAGAUGCACAAGAUCUCAUCGGUAAGAUCCUCGUCGUAGACCCCUCGCAAAGAAUAAAAAUAAGAGACAUUCUCGGUCAUCCACUGCUAAAAAAAUAUCAAACCAUCAAGGAUUCUAAAAGUAUCAAAGAUUUACCUCGUGAAAAUACUUACCUAUAUCCGCUCGCUGACGUGGAUAACCAUACUAGUGCCUCCAUCGAUGAUUCGAUUCUACAAAACCUGGUAGUGCUGUGGCACGGUAGACCCACUGAGGCAAUCGUGACUAAAUUGAAAGAGAACGGAACCAAUAGAGAAAAAGUUUUAUAUGCCUUACUUUACCGUUUCAAACUGGAAUCUGUGAGGGGAUCGAAUAAGAAGAGCCGUAACAAGACAAAGAAAAAAAAAAAAAAUAAAAGAUUUAGCACUUUUUCUUCAUCGUCAUCGCCGUCAUUAUUAUUGAACAAGCGCAGUCUAGAAUCUACGCCACGCAAACGUACAUCCAAAAGGCAUUCCAGGAAAUUCUCGUCUAGCAGAAAGAGGUCGUCCUUUAUACUGCCCUCCAAUCCUACCGACAGUUCUCUAAUACCCUUGAGGAGUAGCAAAAGAAUUGCACAUGCCAAUGUAACGUCUGGAACUACCCAGGCAGUACCGGUUAGUAUCCUCAAUCCUUACAAGAGAAAUUCUAAGCGGUCAAGCAAAAGAUUAUCUUACAUGCCCAAUUUAAAAAGAGGCUCCGUAACGUCAAAAUUGGUAUCAAAUUUUACUAACCUAAUAGAUGAAGAUGAUUGGGAAUACAUUGAAAAGGAUGCAAAGCGAACAAGUUCCAAUUUUGCUACAUUGAUUGAUGAAAUAUUCGAGCCUGAAAAAUUUGAAUUGGCAAAAAGAGAAAAAGCAGAACUUCAAAGAAAAGUACAGGAGGCAAAGAGGAAUGAGUCACUAAAUGCGCAGACGAACAACGAAAACGAUGUUGGACCCGAAAUAUCUGAUGGAAUGAAAGAGUUGAAGAAAAUAAAUGACAAGGUGUCAUCCCCGUUAAUAAACUACGAAUUUUCACAACAAGAACUACUACAAGAUAUAGAUACCUUACUCACCAACCGUUACCAGCUCUCCUCAUAUACUAGACCUAUUUCGAGACUGGAUCCCGGUUUAAUGCCUGUUACUAAGACAGUUCCUCAUAACAUACAAGAAAAAACAGCCCUGCUACAGGAUACUGAAAGGAAAAUAAUAGAAACCAUACGCAGAUCCAAAUUUUUAGGAUCGUUACUGAAUGUUAGAGGGGGGCUAUCCCCAGACAACAAUGAAUUGGCACCUAUUGAAGAGUCACCCAUAAUUUCAACGACACCACUAAUGUUUGAUGAUCAAAGAAAACCUUGCAGGAUAUCCGAUGUCGAAGUCCCACAUUUCACUAGGAAAUCGAAACAUUUCACUACUGCUAAUAAUCGGCGCUCUGUUUUAUCUUUAUAUGCGAAGGCUUCAAUCAAGGACUUCAACCAGUUUUUAACAAACGGAGAUCCUGAUUCCCCUCCACGAAGAAGCACUGAUAAUGACAGUGAGAGUAAAGAACCUGAUAUAACCGAAGACGUUGCUGAUGCAAAAAAUAUCGAACAUGAUGAAAAUGAUAGUAGGUAUAGUGGUAGUAUGAAUAAUGAUGGUAUAUUACGUGAUGCUCCUCAAGGCGUUGACAUACCACAAGAGUACGACAUGAAUGGCAAAAAUCCAACCCAAUCUCCAAUAUCAAAAAGUACAGAGCCUACCCCGGUGGUGAAACUUCCAUCUUUGAGUUCGUUUCAAGGGAAGAACGCCAGCGGGCUAGGUCUAUACCAAAGGGAGCCUUCCAAAAUAUCCUUGCCGAGCUUUACUACUAGUAUCAGCAACGUCGAUGAAGGCAUAGAGGAUCAGGCGGAAAAGGGAAAUAAAGAAGACAAAAUCGCCGCUAGCCCAAUAAAUGAUGACAUGAACGAAGAUGACGUGAACGAAAAUAAUGACAAGGAGAAUGCUCCCAAUACGAUAAAAAAAUCUUCUAACGGUGCAUUCUUGAAAAAAUUCUCAAAAGGUAAGAUCUUAGAACUUGAAAUACAUGCCAAAAUACCCGAAAAAAGACUGUACGAGGGCCUACGUAGACUAUUAGAAGGCUGGAAGCAAUAUGGGUUGAAAACCCUGGGGUUUAACUACACCGAUAUGAUCAUAACAGGAAAAUUGGCAAAUGAAAGUAUUUUAUUUUUACGUUCCACGCUUUUUGAAAUAAUGGUUUUACCAAAUGGAGACAGUCGAAGCCUAAUUAAAUUCAAUAAAAAAACAGGUUCCACCAAAACACUGACGAAGCUUGCCACCGAAAUCCAAAUUAUCUUACAAAAAGAAGGUGUUUUGGACAAAUAA